UUGACGUUAGUAAUCCGAUCUUUCCCAUAGCAAAUUACAGUAGAACCAUGUUUCGUGGAAAAGCUUCGUCCCUUUUAAGAACUUCUGUUCAAAGAAAUCUUACAUUAAAGAAAAAAACAAUAACUCUAAGCAACAGCUUUCCCAAGCGAUUUAAUCAGACUGGCUCCGUUUUUGGGGCCAAAGCUGUUCCAUCAUGGAGUCAACUGGCCUCUAUAUUAUCGGGUGCAGCUGGUUUAUCACUUUUCUUUGGAUUUUACCUUGGAAAGAAAGUACUUAACGAUUCCAAAUCCGAUUCAGACAAUGAGCCUUAUAUUGGAGAGCAUGUUCGAACAGAAACUCAAGCUUUCAAUGAACCCUAUAUGCAACAACAUCGUACGGAAGAUAAAAUCGAAGCAAGGUUAGAGGAAAAGGAGAACGAGUUGGCCGAAAAAGCAUUAAAACCCAAACUGUCAGAAGAACAAAUGAAAGAUGACCAAAAAGAAAAUAACGUUGAAAACAAUUUCAAUUCCAGUGGUGAGGUUCCUGACGAAAAAAGUUUGAAUGACGAAGAGACCAUUGGAAAACAAUUGGAGGAAGUCGAAGAAGAAGGCAAGGAAGAGUCGGCAUUUGAUCCUGAGACUGGUGAAAUUAACUGGGAUUGCCCCUGCUUGGGAGGAAUGGCUCACGGUCCCUGUGGUGAAGAGUUCAAGUCUGCCUUUAGUUGUUUUGUUUACUCAAAAAGUGAGCCCAAAGGCAUGGAAUGUCUCGAAAAGUUUCAGGCUAUGCAAGCUUGUUUCCAAAGACAUCCUGAAGUGUACAAAGAUCUGACGACCGACAAAGAGGAAGUAGAAACAAGUGAAGAUUCUACGAAUGAUACUAAGACACCUUUAAAUGAGAAAUCGGCUGUUAGCGACGAAAUCAAAGAAUCAUCUCCCUCACCUACAGAAAGCACUAACGGUGGUCAUUAAUUUGCUUGAAAUAAUUCUGUGCAUGGCGUUUUUGAGCGAUAAAAUUAUUUAUCAAGUUUUGGACGAAUGAAACAGUAAAUGAUUUUUGGGAAUUUUCGUAAUUUUUAACAUAUGAAGCUUUGUUUUUAGUUCUGUAAAAGGAAUAGGUACCUACUACUUAAAAAACCAAAUCAAUCAUACUUUACUAUAAUUGACCCUUUGAGAGGACGUGAUAGCAUGAAAUAGCUGAGCUUAACGAUGCUACAUAUAGUAAGCGAAGUUGAUAUAAUGUUUUAUUUGAACAAAUGAUCUCAAGCCAGAUAAACUAGUUAGAAAUUGUAGUCGUGGGUUUCAUUAAUAACCGGUGACUGCAUAAAGCAUAAGUAAUAAAGGUAAUCAUUUC